GAAAGUUGCGAUUCAGAUAUAAUUGCUAAUUUACACUCCGAUCGGCUGAUCGACUUCAAUUUCGGGCCAAGGAUGAACCGCAACCGUGGCAGAGGCGCCGGAGGCCGCUCGACUGCUAAUCAUGGAGUGCGAUCUUCACGUUCGCCUUUUCAUUCUACCAGCUCAAUCCCUAAUGAAAGUGUCUGGCAGCCUCAAGGAUCCUCCUUGGAGCAUGGUGCUGAAUCCUUACCAUCCUAUAGAGCUCGGGAAACAAAAGUUGAUGGUAUCGCGGAGCAAGUUGCUAGUGUCCCCCCAUUAAACAAUCCAGACACACAUGAUGAUAAUCCCCGAAGUACAUAUUCUAAUGGUGCAAAUUGUUGGCGGCAACAUGGAGAAUCCCGCUUGACACAUAAUACUACAUCAUAUUCAUGUGAAAGGCCGGGCAGGGAAACAUUUGCUGAUGCUAUCUCUGGGCGAUUUGCAAGUAUGACCCCGUUAGACAAUCCAUACAAGCAUGAUGUUAGUCCACAAAGUAUAUCCUCUCAAGCAAGAACUCCUAAGCAGGUGAAACCUUAUAGUGGCAUGGACCAACCAUUUUCUGCUUCUUCAUCCGGAUCUAGACACAAGGAUUCCCCAUCGUCUUGUCUGUCUGGAAAACUGCUAUCACCGGAUCACACAGGUAAUGUUGUUUUUGACAUAUGCCAUAAGAAUAACCCGAACACUUUCAAGCUACAACCCUCGCUGUUGGAGAAGAAUAGAGAGAAAAGGAAAGAAACUAAGCACAGUAUGGAUGCUCAAGACAUCAAAAUCUUAGGUGAUGGUAUGCUUCUUUUAAAGAGUUUCAUCCCCUUGAUGGCUCAGGUCAGGUUAGUGAAAACUUGCCGGGAGUUGGGCAUUGGUUCCGGAGGAUUCUACCAGCCUGGCUAUAGGGAUGGAGCAAAGCUGUCCUUGAGGAUGAUGUGCCUUGGUAAACACUGGGAUCCUGAAACCAGCAAGUACAAUGAUCAAAGGCCUUUUGAUGGUGCAAAGCCUCCAGUAGUACCCGAUGAAUUUUGCAAUUUGGUUAAAAAUGCACUAUGCCAGACCCGAUCAUAUUUGGAAAAACAAUUGAAAUAUAAAGACAUAGAUACUGUUCUUCCCUUAAUGUCACCUGAUAUCUGCAUUGUCAAUUUCUACACAGCUACUGGCCAUCUCGGUCUACAUCAGGAUAAAGAUGAAAGUCGGCAAAGUUUGGACAAAGGGCUUCCUGUGGUCUCAUUUUCCAUCGGUGAUACUGCAGAAUUUUUGUAUGGCAGCGAGAAGGACAUAGACAGGGCUAACAAAGUGUUGCUGGAGUCAGGGGAUGUGUUAAUCUUUGGUGGCAAAUCAAGGCUAAUAUAUCAUGGUGUGAGCUCCAUUAAACUAGGAACUGCUCCUAAGAAUCUAUCAGGCAAAACUAAUCUUCAACCGGGUCGUCUGAAUCUCACUCUUAGACAGUACUGAGAAUGUUAUAGGUACUUCCGUGUGUUUUCUAUGCUACAAUAGACCAUUGUGGCCCCGCCUUAUGUAACUCUGUUUUGCUUUCUACUUUUACCUUGUCUUUUAGAUAUUUUGUUUUUGACGUAAAAUCUGGGUGGAAUGCGUCUCUUUUUCAUUUUAGAUUGGAACAAAUUUUUCCAAUACUAAUUGGAGGUGUGGA